AUGAAAUCAAGAAAGUUUAUCAUUAUUAAUGCUUCUUUACUUGUAGUAGGGCUUACUAUCUGGUAUGUUCUACAUAACUUCUACUGGGUGUUCAUGAGCGAUAAGGAUGCAGAUUUGAUAUUUGAUAAGUCCAAGCUUAGAGGAAAGUUCGAGGACAAUGAUAAAGUUAUAGAAGGGCCAGCUUUCUUCAACUUUGUGUAUAAAUUCCUCUCGACUUUGGAUGAAUAUGUCAUAGGUGAUUCGUGCGUUGAAGGUGUUUAUGACAAGAAUAACGUUUCUGGUAAAGAGGCCUACUUGAGAGACGGGCUCGAAAUGGCUACCAAGACUCUUUUCAAGAACAAAAAUGUAAAGAAGGAUCUGGAGGAAAUACUUGGGUCGAACAUUUCUGAUAUUGUUGCAGCUAUGAAGAAAGAGGAAAAGGCUCGGGAAGCGGAGGAUGUUGCUGAGGGAUUAAAGGACAACAGCCACAUUGUUACCAUGGUGUCUAAGGCUUUUAUUUAUAUUCUUCUCAAGGAAAGGAUAAAUCUUUCAGAAUACAAUAUAUAUCUUGAUAAGGUAAGAAGUAAUUUCAAUGAAAUCACCCUAGAACAUUUGAAGAGAAUUGGCACCUAUGAGAAGAUAUCUCUUUUCCAAGGAGAAAGCGAUGAGUGUACGGAGAUUUACGAUUACCUUCGUAUUGUAAUGUUCUCAACUAGUAAGCUUAUCCCUGAAGAUUCCGCAAGUACAACUAAUUGA